AUUCCUGUACCGACCAUUACCCACCACGUGUUGUUAUUUCUCCCACUGCAAAAUGUCAUCCUGCCCUGAAACACUCGCUACCUCUCCCCCUCCUACUGGAUGUGAUGAUGAAGUGGAUGACAUCGAAGACUGCAUGUCAGGAGUCAAGUUGCCCAGCCCGUCAGAUAGAAUCAGAGAUGAGAACAAGAUCCUCCCGAAAGCUUUACGAAGGAAACCGUCGUCAUCGACAACGUCCCCUGUUGCCGUUGGAGAUAGUUUUAUCCCUGGCACUCAGUCAGUGUUCAUCAAGACGUGGGGUUGUUCACAUAACAACAGUGAUGGAGAGUACAUGGCUGGACUCCUGGGUGCCAGCGGUUACACCAUCACUGACUCUCCGCUGAGUGCAGAUCUAUGGCUGCUCAACAGCUGUACAGUGAAGGGACCCUCAGAGGAUGGCCUCAAGAACUCCAUCAGGAAAGGGCGUGAGUUGGGGAAGCCCCUCGUCGUUGCUGGCUGUGUGCCUCAGGGGCAGAGAAACCAUGGCGAUAUUCAAGGGCUCUCCGUAAUUGGAGUGCAGCAGAUUGAUCGCGUGGUGGAGGUGGUGGAGGAAACCCUACAAGGUCGCUCCGUACGGCUGUUUGGUCAGCGGAGGUCCAACGGGGUUAAAGUGGGCGGGGCUCCUCUGGACCUGCCCAAGAUUAGGAAGAAUCCUCUCAUCGAGAUCAUUGCCAUCAAUACUGGAUGUUUGAACCAGUGCACGUACUGCAAGACCAAGCAUGCUCGAGGGGACCUGGGCAGUUACCCACCAGAGGAGAUAGUCACCAGAGCAGAACAGGCAUUCACAGAGGGUGUUGUAGAGAUAUGGUUGACUAGUGAGGAUCUUGGAGCUUAUGGUCGUGAUAUUGGAGUCACCCUGCCCGAGUUGCUAUGGAAACUAGUUGCCGUGGUUCCAGAGGGAUGUAUGAUUCGUCUCGGAAUGACCAACCCACCGUAUAUUAUGGAGCAUGUCAAGGAGAUGGCGGCCAUCUUGUGCCACCCUCGUGUGUAUUCGUUCCUGCACAUCCCAGUGCAGUGUGGCUCUGACAAUGUCCUGGGAGACAUGAAGAGAGAGUACUCCAGUGGAGACUUUAGGUUCCUCGUGGACUACCUCAAGAAACAUGUACCUGGGGUCACCAUAGCCACUGACAUCAUCUGUGGCUUCCCAACAGAGACACCUGAGGACUUCCUGAAUACGCUGUCUCUGGUGACAGAGUACAAGUUCCCUAGUUUGUUCAUCAACCAGUUCUACCCUCGUCCCGGCACACCGGCUGCUAGGAUGAAGCGAGUGCCCACACAAGAGGUCAAGAGGCGGAGCAGGGAACUAUCCCAGUUGUUUCAGUCGUACCGUCCCUAUGACGACAAGGUUGGCGAGAAACAGGUUGUCCUGGCAACGGAGGUAUCUCACGAUGAGCAGUAUUAUGUCGCCCACAACAAGUUCUAUGAACAAGUACUGGUCCCUAAGGACCCUCAACUACUGGGCAAGACAUUCGAGGUCCUCAUCACGACCACUGGGAAACACUUUCUGAAGGGAGACGUGGUGACCAACUCGUUGGUGAGGAUCCCGCCACGCCCCGCCCCCCUACCAGCCGGGGCCGUAAGCGGAGGACAAAAAUGGAAAGAGGAACGAUCUCCAGUUACCCCAUCUCCACCUAAGACGUGGUAUAGGAGUAGCCUUUGCUCAAUUGACUUGCUGCUACUGUUCUCAGCUUUGCUUGUGAUUUGUGCUGGCAUUUUGGUGCAAUACAGACCAUAUUUUCCCAUGUUUUCAUGAAUCAUUAUUAUUUUUGUUCACCAUUCUGUAAUGAAUUCAUGUAAUUAUUAUUAA